AUGCCAAAUCAAGACGGACCAUUGUAUUUCCUCGCCUCUCGUUCCCGACCGCUGAGGAAGCCGUUAGUCCUCCUCGUAUGCUCUGCUCUGGCCUGCUGUCUUGUUUCGACCACCGCCUCUGCAGAGCCUUCCUCCGGACUCCAUGGUCGAUUCCUUCAUAUCACAGACAUCCAUCCGGACGAGCUCUAUCUCGAGGGUGCAGCCGUCCCGACAUCUUGUCACGCCAUCUUCAGCAAUGAAGGCAACACUUCCCUCAGAAAGGGCCGAUUCAAUCUGAACAAGAAAAUCGAAGGGGAUGAUAGAGUACCUCCAGCAAGGGCGCGAACAAUCGAGGAUAUGAGAACCAUUCGACCGGGACUUAUGACCGAUGAUGGCGUGAGCUCAUUCAUCCCGGCGGGAUACUACGGCGCACCCAACACGAUCUGUGAUAGCCCCCUGGCCCUCGCAGAUGCGACCUUCAACUGGAUCGACAAAAAUCUCGCCAGCUCAAUUGAUUUCGUUGUCUGGACUGGAGAUAAUGCCAGACAUGACUCGGACAAUACCCACCCGCGCACACAGGCCCAAAUCAAUGAGAUGAAUGAAGCGAUGGCGAAGCGCAUCCUUCAGGCCUUCCCCCUCGAUUCCAGCGGCAAGAGACUCCCCAUUGUCCCUUCGAUCGGCAACAACGAUGUCUACCCGCAUAAUAUCAUGUACCCAGGUCCAAGCGCGAUUCUUCAACAUUACUCAGAUAUCUGGUCAGAGUUCAUCCCCGCGGAACAGAUCGAGACAUUCCGCAAGGGAGGUUACUACUCUUCAGAAGUCGUGCCCGGAAAGAUCACAGUCUUUGGUCUGAACACAUUAUAUUUCUAUAUCCAUAACGCGGCCGUGGACGGAUGCAAGGACAAGGAUGAGCCCGGGACUCAGCAGAUGAAAUGGCUGGAAGAUGAGCUGAAACAGCUGAGGAGCCGAAAGAUGGUCGCGUACUUGACAGGACACGUCCCACCAGAGAAGAAGUCGUACAUUCCUUCAUGCCACGCCAGUUAUACAAGGAUUGCGAUCGAGUUCCAGGAUGUGAUCGUGGGCCAUUUAUACGGACAUGCCAACAUUGACCAUUUCUUCCUGCUCUCCGAAAACAAGAAUGGCAAGGACCGGUCCAUGAUGCAGGAUUUAGAGGAGCAGGACAGGUUGGCCAUGAGUGCCAUGAACGAGGAGGAACAUGAUCCGUUCCAUCUGAUGGGUUUGGGCUCCUACCUCGAGUCUCUUUGGAAGCAAUACGAGCGUAUUCCCAAGAAGGGCAGAUUGGACAAUUACGCUGUCGUCCAAGUAUCUCCGUCAGUUAUACCGACCUACUUUCCGACCUUGCGCGUGCUUGAAUACCAGCUUGGAGAAAACACGACUACCGCUGCUGUCGACCAGCCUUCUGAAAUCAUAGAGGACGAAAAUGAGGAGAAAGUCGGAGAUGAAGAGGAUGGCGAUAGUGUCGAGGAUGAGUUGAGCGACCAGGAGCUGGAGGAGUACUUCUCAGCGUUAUUGAACGGUGACUUGGACAUCGCAGAUGCAUUGGAGAGGAAAAAGAAGGGUCCCAAGAAGCCAUCCAAGCCCGUCCCUGUAAGCACAUUCGGAUUCCCGUUGGCGUACACACAAUUCUGGACCAAUCUCACCCUGGCGAAUGAAGCAAAAACUCUGCCAGAGUUCGUAAUCGAGUACAGGACUCGGGAGGACUAUGGGCUUCAGAACUUGGGUGUCUCAGAGUGGAUUGGCCUGGCUAGAAGGAUCGUCAAGGAUGAAGCGUUGAAGAAGGAAUAUUUGAAGAGAAUGGUCGUCCAAACCGGGGUUGAGAAGACGCUGCAAUGA